CGCUUUGGAGCCAAAACCAGCUUCUCUCCUUGCGCGAGGUUUUCCGACAGGUAGCUCCUUAAUCCUUGCUGAGCAACUUCUACUUUUACGCGGGGAAAACAAAGACCCGAGAUUCUGGACGUGAUUUUUGCCUGGAGUGGGCUUUGGGAGUUGUGCAGCCCGAGGGGGCAGGGCGGACACUGAAGGCCUCCGGAAGGACUGCGGAGGUACUGGGGAAGAUGAGCUGCGACCAGCUGGACAGAGGCUUUUUGUUGCCUUCGAGCAGGAUGGCGAAUUGUCUUUAGAUCCUCUCGAGCACCAGCUCUCCUAUAUGGUUCGGACUCACCGUGCAACAUUGGGCAGGGAAAUUAAAUGGGAUUGGAUUUGGAGGAGGUGGGAGGGGGCAGACAGUAAGUAGUUUUAUUCUCUGCUGCUUCCUGGGGCUGCCCUGAAAGUCAACCAGAAAAGCAGCUUUUGCAAAGUCUAUUUACUGAAGAUUGUGCUACCUCAGAAGGCCACUCGGAGCACAUGGGAAGGCAGGCUAGCUCUGGCAAGACUUUAGACAUAUGAAUGUAUUCCUUCUGCUGAUAGUGCCAUCUUUCUCUGCCCUAGGAAGAAACUCCUCUUACAGAGAGUCAUCUGCAGGGGACUCUCCAAGGACAUGGGAAGAUAGAUGUAAGCCCUGGAACCCAGACUCUUAAGUGGAGGGAAGCUGCUUUCUGCUGUUAAUGAUGGCCAAAUCCGCUCUGAGAGAGAAUGGCACUAACUCUGAGAGCUUCCGACAGCGUUUCAGGAGAUUCCAUUACCAGGAGGUGGCUGGGCCGCGGGAGGCUUUCAGCCAACUCUGGGAACUUUGCUGUCGGUGGCUAAGGCCAGAGGUGCGCACCAAGGAGCAGAUUGUAGAACUGUUGGUGCUAGAGCAGUUCCUGACCGUCUUACCUGGGGAGAUCCAGAAUUGGGUACAGGAACAAUGUCCAGAAAAUGGAGAGGAGGCAGUGACUCUCGUGGAAGAUUUAGAAAGAGAGCCUGGAAGACCUAGAUCUUUGGUCACAGUCUCUGUGAAGGGGCAGGAAGUGCGCUUGGAGAAGAUGACACCCCCGAAAUCAUCACAAGAGUUAUUAAGUGUUCGGCAGGAGUCAGUGGAACCCCAGCCCAGGGGUGUACCCAAGAAAGAGAGGGCAAGAAGCCCAGACCUGGGACCACAGGAGCAGAUGAACCCAAAGGAGAAGCUCAAACCUUUUCAAAGGAGCGGAUUUCCAUUUCCUCAGUCCGGUGUGGUCUCCAGGUUGGAGCAAGGAGAGCCAUGGAUCCCAGAUCUGCUGGGCUCCAAGGAGAAAGAACUUCCAAGUGGCAGCCACACAGGAGACAGACGAGUGCAUGCUGAUCUGUUACCAUCCAAGAAAGAUAGAAGAAGCUGGGUGGAACAGGAUCACUGGAGCUUUGAAGAUGAGAAGGUGGCAGGUGUGCACUGGGGCUAUGAAGAGACCAGAACGCUCCUCGCAAUUCUCAGCCAGACUGAGUUUUAUGAGGCUCUCAAAAGCUGUCAUAAGAACAGCCAAGUGUAUGGGGCUGUGGCUGAGCGGCUCAGGGAAUAUGGCUUCCUCCGGACCCUGGAACAGUGUCGGACCAAGUUCAAAGGUCUCCAGAAGAGCUAUCGGAAAGUCAAGAGCGGCCACCCACCUGAGACCUGCCCCUUCUUUGAAGAAAUGAAAGCCCUGAUGAGUGCACAGGUCAUUGCCCUGCCCAGUAAUGGCCUGGAAGAAGCAGCCUCUCACUCUUGCCUGGUGAGCAAUGAUGCUAAGACUGAGGAGCCAGGGCGGAGGGGCUGGCAGCAUGAGGAGGGAGCAGAAGAGGCUGUGACUCAGGAGUCUGACAGUGAUGACAUGGAUCUAGAGGCGACCCCCCAGGACCCCAACUCAACUGCAGCUGUCGUGUUCAGAAACCCAGGUGGUGUACACUGGGGCUAUGAAGAGACCAAGACUUACCUUGCAAUUCUUAGUGAGACCCAGUUUUAUGAAACCCUCCGGAACUGUCACCGCAACAGCCAGCUGUAUGGAGCAGUGGCUAAGAGGUUACGGGAAUAUGGCUUUCUUAGGACCCCGGAGCAGUGUCGGACCAAGUUUAAAAGCCUGCAAACCAGCUAUCGGAAAGUUAAGAAUGGCCAGGCACCAGAGACCUGUCCCUUCUUUGAAGAGAUGGAUGCUUUGGUGAGUGUCCGGGUUGCUGUCCCAUCCAAUGAUGGCCAGGAAGAAACAGCUUCUUGCCCCAUCCAGGGGACCAGUGAGGCCAAAGCUCAGACGCAAGCCGAGGAGGCAGACGAGACCACAGAGGAAGAUUCUGAUGAUGAAGAAGAUACCGAGAUACUCCCAGGGGCUGUCAUAACCCGUGCUCCAGUGUUAUUCCAGAGCCCCCGUGGUUUUGAAGCUGGAUUUGAGAAUGAAGAUAAUUCAAAACGGGAUAUUUCUGAGGAAGUACAAUUGCAUAGGACAUUACUUGCAAGGUCUGAAAGGAAAAUUCCCCGGUAUCUUAAUCAAGGUAAAGGCAAUGAGAGUGACUGUAGAUCAGGAAGACAGUGGGCAAAGACCUCAGGGGAGAAAAGAGGAAAACUGACACUCCCAGAGAAGAGCUUAAGUGACGUCUUAAGUCAACAGAGACCUUGCUUGGGAGAGAGACCAUAUAAACAUCUCAAAUACAGCAAAGGCUUUGGUCCGAAUUCCCUUCUCAUGCAUCAGGAAUCCCACCAGCUGGAAAAUCCAUAUAAAUGCGCUGAUUGUGGGAAAAGCUUCAGUCGGAGUGCACGACUCAUUAGACACCGGAGAAUCCACACUGGAGAGAAACCUUAUAAAUGUCUUGACUGUGGAAAAAGUUUCCGUGACAGUUCAAAUUUCAUCACCCAUAGGAGAAUCCACACAGGAGAGAAACCUUAUCAAUGUGGUGAGUGUGGGAAACGCUUCAAUCAGAGCUCAAGCCUUAUCAUUCACCAGAGAACCCACACAGGAGAAAAGCCCUAUCAAUGUGAAGAGUGUGGAAAAAGCUUCAAUAACAGUUCUCAUUUUAGUGCACAUCGGAGGAUACACACAGGAGAGAGACCCCAUGUGUGCACUGACUGUGGAAAGAGUUUCAGUAAGAGUUCUGACUUACGUGCACAUCAUAGAACCCAUACAGGAGAGAAACCCUAUGGGUGUCAUGACUGUGGCAAGUGCUUCAGUAAAAGCUCUGCCCUUAAUAAACACCGAGAAAUCCAUGCACGGGAAAAGCUUCUGUCACAGUCAGCACCUAAGUAAGCCCCUGAGGAUAUAUAAAGGAAAGAGGCUCAAUAAAUGUAUUGUUUAGAAAGUCUUCCA